AUGAAGCCGAAUAACCAAUACCCAUCCCAGAACAACGGCAGCUACCGAAACAGCACAGUAAACAAUGACACAGGUGUAAGCAAUGAAAAUCCCCCCAGCUACCCGAUAACCAGUAACAAUGGGAGCAUGUUCUCCAGGGGUAUGCAAGACAGGAGUCACAAUCCAUCGAAUGGGGCACCGAUGAGUCAGAGCAACAGAGGAGGAACUACAAAUAAUGUCAUGAACAAUUUUUCCAAAUCUUCUACCAUUAAUUAUCCACCAAAUAAUCACACGUUCUACAACCAACACAAUAUGCCCUAUAGUAAUAAUGGCUUCAGCAAGAGUACGUAUGGAAGUAAGAACAGCCAGCCAAUGAUGAAUAAUGUCAAGAUGAUAAAUUCGAUGUGGAAGGCAGGUGACAGUUUAGUCCACGACAGGAAUGACGUCCUAAACAAACCGUUCAGUGCCACCAAUUAUAGCAACUUUCCCAGUAACGUCAAAGGACGGGCGGAUGAAAAUGUGGGGAACUUUUCCCAAAUAACUUAUCGCACUGUUAUACAAAAUAAUAAUGAGGCAGUUGUAAAAAAUGGACUCAUGGCACCUGACUUGAGCAGUAAUGCUAAUGUGGGCACCACCAACAGCAUCAACAAUGUUAACAACUUAAGUAGAAUAAACACGGUGGAUUUUAAUUCUCAUGUUAAUGCGUCUGGCCGGUUGAAUAGCGUAAUAGGGAGGAACACUGGCAUGGUUAACGGUGCUGCUUUUAGCAUUGGUAAGCCAUUUACAAAUUUGAGUACUAUGCACGCCAGUAUGAACUCGUACCAUGUGAAGAAUGUUAUACCUGGUGAGGUGGGCAGUGGAGUGCCCGAUGUUAUGCUUAUCAACGGGAAUAAACUAAACGACAGCGCCCCGGGAAACGUAAAUAAAGGCUUACACCAUGUGAGAAGUAACCUGAAUAGGAACUUGGCCCCGUUGGGCGGUGCCCACGGUUAUCCUGUGAUGGGGAGUAGCAACGGUGGUAGGAACAAUAUUCACUCUGUGAGCGGCAUGGGCGGGAUGACCGCCAUGGCAAAUCUCAACGGAGCCAAUUACAACAUGAGCAAUUUAAAAAGUUCCAUGGGGAAUCUAAACAGAGGUAGCGCAAACGACGCAGGUGGUGAAAGGAAUUUGAGCUCAAAUUUGAGCUCAACUUUAAGCCCCAAUUUGAGCCGUUACCCAGGCGCGAUGAGAAACCUUGGUGUCAGCAGCGGCCACAAUACGGAUGACGUGGAAAUUAUGCAAGUCAGUGGGAACAGCCCCAGCAGCGCAAUAACCAUUGAGUCGUCGAAAACGAAGAGCUACCAAAAGAGUAGUAGCAAAGUUAACCCAAACGAGCUAAAUGAAACAAAAGGUAAAAGUAACAACAGUGUCGUUAGUAACACACCGGUCCUGCAUAACCACCUUAGGAGUGACAUGCGUCCCAGUCCAGCGUCGAAGAACCAGCAUGGGUUCCUCGUAGAAAAUGGAAAAAAUAAUCUAAGUCAAGACCCCUACAGUGCACACAACGCCGGUAGCAAUUUCGACGGUAACGCAAAUGCAGGAGGAAAGGUUCAGGGAAUACACAACGUGAACUGUAGCAUGAACGGCGGCAUGAACAGCGGCAUGAACAGCGGCAUGAAUAGCGGGCUGAAGAGUGACCCCCCCGGCUACGUCCACAGCAGAAAGGCACAGAUGAACCCAAAUGCCUGCGCCAAUGAGCAGAAUGCGAAUCUGCUAAGCGCUAGUAGUUUCUUGCAGAGCGCAGGAAGUAUACCAGGAGUGGAAGACAAGAAUGUUUCCAUCCGCCAGUAUGACGCCUAUAACGUCCAAGGAGAUAAAGCAGAAAAUGGAAAAACUAACAACGUCAUAGGUGACCCGAAAGAGGACACCAAUCCCUUGAUGAAUAAUAACUCUGUUUCAUUGGAGAAAACGAAAAAGAGAAAGAGAAAGGAGGAAAGCAAAGAGCAGGGGAUGGAACAGGACACCCCCCCCAAGGGUACCAAAAGAAAAAGCAAAAAUGCGCAAAAUAACUCUGAACAGAAUAUGAUAACGAACAGCGAUGCGAAUCCUUUACAGGACGUGCCGAGUAGCCAUUUGGAUAAUCACAUAGCUGAUUGGGGAAACGGUGCACAAAUGAUUAACGAUCCAUUGAAUAACAAGAUUUCGAAGAGAAAGCUAAAAGUGAAUAAUGCGGAAAAUGCAAAAAAUGACGAAAAAAAGAGAAAAAAAAAAAGGAUGGAAUCAACCGAUCCGGGAAGUAGUUACCAAUCAGGGCAGGAAAACAGCGAGGUGGGUCAAACAAGUGAAUAUCUUACUGAGGAUCGAAACGGGUUCUACAUCAGUUCGAGUGUGGCACAUGAAAAUAUGAACAAUGGUGUGAUGAGCACGUAUGCAAGUGCUAACUAUUUGAAUAACCCCAUUAACAGGUCUCCUCAGACUGACUAUUACAACAGUUUUAAUCCAGACACACCAGCGGAGGUUCGUGACGUAAGUAGCAACUGGGGUGAAAGGGAAAAUAUAAAAAUGAGGAACGGCAACCACGUAGACGGUACAGUUAACCCUAACAUUGUAAAAGGGGUUAGGUAUAACCCCAACGUGUCAGAUGGUAACACAAGGAUGAACGAUUUCGUGAAUGGGCAGUUUAGAGAAAAUAAUAUUGGGCAGAUCUUACGCGAUGCGAACUUGAGUAAUGGUGCCCAGGGAACUACACACUGUUACAUUGGAGGCGAGGCAAACAAACAGAUUAAUCACAAUUUAACCCACAUGGUAGCGCAACAGGGAAACAACGAAAUGUAUAAGGAGCAGUCUCUACAGAGGGAGCAAUAUCUGCAGAGGGAGCAAUUAUUAGGGAAGGAUCAAAUGAAUGUUGACCCCAAAUUCGUUUGGCUGUUUCUAAAUAAAGAAUUCAGUGAAAAUAAAAAUAAGUAUGCUGCCUUUUUGCCCCUCUUUAAUAGUUACUACCCCAGUAAGCUGAACGAGUUGAUUUUCCAGUUAGAGGAUUAUUCCUUGCUAAGCUAUGCACACAUUAUGAGUGGUGCGCUCGCGCUGCAGAGGAAGCACUUGAGAGGCUUUAGCCCCGGCGUGGUGGGAACUGGGGACUAUGCCGCGAGCAUCACGAGCGUCGCUAAUGCUGCUAAUACUGCUAAUGCUGCUAAAACUGCUAAUACUGCUCCUGCUUCUAAUACCGCUAAUGCAGCCAAUGUGACCAAUGUGGCGAAUGCCCCCAAUGCGACAGCUUGCGCUAGCAGUGGGUACAGCGACGGCCACAUCGACAAUAAGCUACUCAACAAUAUAAAUAGCAAUUUUAAUGAGCUCAUAAAAAACUUUAGCUUUGAAAGUGGGCCCGCUCCGAACGCCGCUCUUGGGGAAGUCGAGAAAACGGGGAAGGGAAGGCGGAGAAAGAAUGACAACAGUGCUAGGAAGGCGAAGAAGGAGGGAGCCGUCAAGGAAAGAGGCACGAAGGAGAAACCCGCGAAGAAGGACCCUACCACGGAGAAUGACAACGGCGCGCAAAUCGACAGCAGCGGAAGCAUAGAAAGCGAGGCCAACGCGGAGGACCGCAUCAACCUAGAAAGCAUUGCCAAUGUGGAGAGCAGCGUGAAAUGUGAAAUUACCCUCAACCCCGACGACACCAGCAACUGCGAUAAGGACAACGGUAAGGUGGCCAAUACGGCGAUCAGCGGAAAGACGAAGAAGCCGAGAAAACCAAGAACAAGCAAAAAAAACCCCCUCGCCAAUGCUAGCACACCCCAACUGUUGAUAAGCGAACAAGCACAAAUGGUACCUGCAGACAGUGCGCAAGCGGGGCAAGCAACACAUAGCUACUUUCUCAAUGCAAAUGGAUCGAUCGUUAGUGAAAACGCCAGUGAUGUGAUGAAUCUCAUUCUGAAGGGUAACAUUGGGAACACAGAAACGAGCCUCAUAAACAGUGAAAAUGAAUACAGCUCUGUUUAUAAAGGAAACGAGAAUUCAAUUGAGAGAGGAAUGGCCAGCUUAUGUGACACAAUGAGUUGGCAAGGGAACUCUCAAAGGAAUGAAAAUGAUCUGUACCAACUUGGUAGCAAGUUAAAUGAUAUGAACAGUUCAGGUAAAAAUGGAAAAGUGAAAAAGUAUAGGAAAAAAAAAGAUAAUAACAAUUUGGCGUUAGAAGAUAAAAGAGACAUACCAACAUCAGCAUUGGACAGCAUCUACAUGGAAAAGGAGAAGAAAAAGAAAAAAAAAAAGAAUGACCCUCUGAGUAUCAAUGAGGAUACGAUAAGUGCCCAAAAUGGGGAUAGCAUUUUUUCUCAGAACGGCGACAUGAACAUGGUGAGCGACCUUUCUGUUGAGGUGAAAGGAAACGAGAACUCAAUUGAAGAGAAGUAUCCAAAUGGUGUGGAAGCUGAGUGCGCAGGGGAUAAUGAAGACGUUUCGGCCACGUAUCUGCUAAAUUGCAUGGUCGAAGAUUACAAUAAGGAGAUGAGCAAAAGGAAGAGAAAGGCCUACAGUAAGCAGCCCAGUGAGUCAAAGAAAAAGGCUACAACGAAGGAAGGAGUGAAGAAAGAGGAGUCAGAUCGUAGGGGUAGAAACAGGACGAAGAAAAUGCAAUUGGAGGAGGGGAAAGAAGCGGAAGCAGAAGAGGAAGAAAAAGAGCAGAUUGAGAGGUACCAAAAUGGGCAAAUGCACGCCGUAGAAUGUGAACGUGGUGCCCAUGCGGACAACCGGUAUAGCAUCGAGAAAUCCAAUCUUCUCACGCGAAGAAACAAACAAUUGAAGAAACUUUUCCUCCAACAAGGCAAUAUGCUUUACCCUAGCAUGAAGGGCUCCCAUAUUGUCAACAAUAACUUAAGUGAAAAUAUCAGAUUAAAUGCAAUCAAUGCUAUUAAGAAGAAAUACAAACGGUUCAGCUUUUGCGUAAAUAAGGUGUUCAGAAAGAAGAACAUGAAUGAUAUAAUAGCCUUAAACGAAAAUUUAAAUAAUAACAGAGAACUUUUGUUCUUGUUCAAAAAGAGGGAUGUAAGUAACCUAAAAAGAUUGAACUUCUCCUUCUUCAUGAAUAAAUUAGACAUACAAAAAAUAGACAUGAUUAUAAUGAAGAGGAUAUACAUAUGCGUACAGAAUAUGAAGAACACUUUAGGAUUUAUGUGCGUUAUAAAUAACGUAGAAAAAAUUGUAGAUAUGUUGAAGAAAGCCUUUAGGGAUCGGCUGCAGUUGAUGUGGCCGCUGAUCCAAUUUUCCAGCAAGUAUAGGCUGGACCAAUACUUCCAUCUGUUGACAAAGAACAGGAACAAUUCGCAGUCUAGGUUUAAGGACACUCGGCUGUUCGUGCAUCAGAACAUAGCCCCCUUGAUUGCCUACUUCAAGCAGAGGACCAUUGACGACAAAAUUGUGGAACACUUGAAGAGCCAAAUGAAGCCCAAAAAGAGGAGGAGGAAAAACAAAAACAAGGAUCCCUUCUCGGAGGACAAAUCUUUAGAUUUACUCAAAACUAUAAACACCAUCACGUCGAAGAAUUCCACGACGGAGAGCCUGCUCGACUUUGAGACGGCGCGGACCAAGGCCAGCGAGUUUGCCUUUGUCGGCUAUAACCAGAAGAGGCUCCUGACGCAAAUCACCCCCUACGAUUACAAAAACAUUCUAAAUUCUGAGUUCUGUAACAAACUGUUUACCAUAAAAUGGAGGGAACAACAAGCACUGUUUAUCAACCACCUGCAUUUCGACAUGGUCCCUGAUAAUGAAGAGACAAGAAGUCAUUUCGAAAAAGUAUACAUGAGGUAUAUGGGCUACAAUGAAAAGAAAUUAGCCGUCAAGUUGGAAAAUAAAGCAAAGACAGGAAAAGCCAAAUCUAAAAAUGACAUUGUAGAGGGGGAUAAGACUGAGGGCAAACCGAAGACCUCAAGGAAAAGAAAGACCAACAAAAAUAAUGAAGGUGCUGAGACAGAACCCAAAAUUGCUAAACCGAGGAGGAAAUAUGAACGGGUGAAACCUAGGAAGAGUAAAAACCAGAGUGGGAAUGCGGUGACUGAUCAGGUGGUGCAGAGUGUUGAAGCGGGGCAAAGUGUUGACGCAGCGCAGAAUGUGGGAGCCCCUCAUAAUGCCACGAGUGGCGUCAAUCCCCCGAAUGACCCCGCGGCCAUGGAAAGCACAUCCAAGAAAAAGAUACGUAAACCGCGAGAACAAAAAACGAAAAUUAAAAUAAAAAAUGCACAAAAUAAUGACCUGACCAUUUUUAAGGGCAAUCCAAAUGCAAUCAUUCAGGCAACCUUAGACUUCAUGAAUCCCAACAUGUUUACCUAA